AUGGAGGACAAACUUGGUGGGGAACGAAAUCUGGGAGACAUUAGGAAGGCUAACGACUUCCUACAGGCGAUGUCGCUUUUAGAGCCACCUAUGAUGGGGCGACGGUUCACUUGGACAAAUGGUCAAUCGGAUCCGAUUUGGGUGAAACUUGAUAGAUUUCUCAUUAGCUCUGAGUGGACGAUGAUCUUUCUAAAAAUUAUCCAAAACUGUCUACCAAGAGUGGGGUCGGAUCAUGUCCCUAUCCGCCUUGAGAUGGGCAAGAUCGUUACCAAUCCACGUCCUUUCAGAUUUGAGCUUGCGUGGACUACUACGGAGGGGUUCCAGGAGCUUAUCUCACAGUGGUGGAAUUCGACGACCCCCGUGGGUUGCGGGGCUUUUAUCAUGGCCAAAAAGGUGUCCUCUUUGCGGGAACAACUCCGACAUUGGGCUAAAUUUUCAUUUGGGUCGAUCAAAUUAAAGAAGUUGGAGUUGUUACAAGAGAUCGAUAAGUUAGAUGUGAUGAAGGAAUCUCGGUGUCUCACUCCCCAGGAGGUACAUCAGGAGCACACUCUGAGAGAGAAACUUGGGGACACCCUUAAGCAAGAAGAACUAUACUGGAAGCAGAGGUCCAGACUUAACUGGCUGAAGGAGGGGGAUGAGAAUACCAAAUUCUUUCACGCAACGGCGAAUGGCCGCAAAAAUAGAAACUUCAUUAACUCCUUACAACUUGUUGGUCGGGAGAUCUCUCAGCCCCGUGAGAUUGGCAAGCUAUUUGUAGAUAUGUUUCAUCAGCAAUUUGGAUCUGGGAGGACUUCGAGAUACAAGAUUGACCUCCACGCUCUUCUGGAGCACAAGAGACAGGUGGACAUGGCGGCUCUUGAGGUCCCUUUCACUAUUGAGGAAGUGAGAUUGGCCGUCUUUGAGUUGGGUGGUGACAAGGCUCCUGGGCCUGAUGGCUUCCCUAUCCAUUUUUUUUAA